AUGCAUACCUCCGCCAUCUUCCUCGCUGCCGCUCUGAUCUUCGGAUCGUCCCCCGUCACGGCCCACAUGGAGAUGUCCUCUCCGAUCCCCUUCCGCUCCAAGUUCGGCGCCAACAAAGACAAGGCCGACUUCUCCAUGACCAGCCCCCUCGGCGCCGACCAGGCCCUCUGCAAAGGCUACGCCGUCGACCUUGCGGACCCCGCCCUCGGCGCCCCGACCGCCACCUUCAAGCAGGGCGAGGCCAGCGCCGUCGAGCUGGCCGGCUCGGCCGCCCACGGCGGCGGGAGCUGCCAGCUGAGCCUGUCCACCGACGGCGCCAAGACCUUCACCGUGAUCCAGUCCAUCAUGGGCGGGUGUCCCGCGACCGGCGUCAAGCUGCCCUUCACGAUCCCCGCCGACGCGCCCGUCGGGAAGGCCAUCUUCAGCUGGAGCUGGGUCGCAAAGCUGAGCGGCGUGCCGGAGUUCUACCAGAACUGUGCGCCGAUUGAGAUCACGGCCGGCGCGGGCUCGGCGGCUGCAAAGACGGCCUUCAAGGACCGCCCGGCCAUGUUCGUCGCGAACAUCAACGCGGGAAACGGCUGCAAGACGGUGGCUUCGACCGAUCCGCUGUUUCCUAACCCGGGACCCGAUGUCACCGGCACGGGAACCCCGGAUUCGACCAUCAACUGCGGCACUUCGUCUGGUCCAGCUUCUCCGGCUCCAGCUUCUCCGGCUCCAGCUUCUCCGGCUCCAGCUUCUCCGGCUCCUGCGCCGGCUUCUUCCGCACCAGCCUCGUCGGCACCGGCUUCUUCAGCUCCAGCACCAGCUUCCUCAGCCCCAGCACCAGCUUCUUCCGCACCAGGAGCGAUCAUCUCAAUCAUCCCCGUCGCACCAUCACCGCCAUCACCAUCCAGCCCCAGCCCAGCCCCAGCCCCAGCCAGCAGCAGCAUCUCCCCCUCUUCCCCCUCAGCCUCACCACCACCGCCCGCCAACCCCUCAAACGGCACCACCACCACCACCCCCGCAACACCAGCCGCAGACAGCGGCACCAGCACCGACGGCUCGUGCGGCGCCGGAAAGCGAUGCCCGGGAUCCAACUGCUGCUCCGCGCUCGGCUUCUGCGGCACAACCCCCUUGCACUGCGGCACGGGGUGCCAGCGCGCCUUCGGGGCCUGCGCUGGCCAGAGCCGGAUUCGUCGACGCAACUGA